AUGUCUAUUGAUCGAUUAUAUAGCGUUGCUGCUAGAUUACAAAGGCUGCAAAACAACUACGAGGAUUUCGGUAUGAGACGCACAGUUGAAGGUAUAAUGGUCGUACACGAGCAUGGUCACCCUCAUAUUCUCAUGUUGCAGAUCGCCAACGCGUUUUUUAAGCUGCCUGGAGACUACCUCACCCCCGGAGAGACCGAUGAACCUGGAUUGAAGAAGAGGCUGGAUGACAGACUAGCACCGUUAGAUCCAACAAUGUUUGAGCCGGAGGAUGGGGCGCUUAAUGACUGGGAAAUUGGAGACUGUCUUGCUCAGUGGUGGAGACCCAACUUUGAAACAUUCAUGUAUCCAUUCAUUCCUGCACACGUGACUAAACCAAAAGAAUGCAAAAAGAUGUAUGUCGUCGACUUGCCGGAGCGAAAAGUGUUCGCCGUUCCAAGGAACAUGAAGCUUUUAGCGAUACCUGUGUUUGAACUAUACGAUAACUCAGGUAGAUAUGGACCACAGCUAGCAGCAAUUCCGCAUUUACUUUCGAGGUAUAAUUUCAUUCUUCAAUAA